GGCGUCACGUCAUAAGUAAAUAAAUAUUUGCGAUAUCAACAUGAAUCGUUGGGUGAAUCGUGUGGCCGUCAUAACUGGCGCCAGUUCGGGCAUUGGAGCCGCCAGCGUCAAAGAUCUGGUGGCCAAGGGCAUGAUCGUGGUGGCGCUCGCUCGUCGCGAGAAUCGCUUGCAGGAGCUGAAGGCCCAGCUGCCGGAGGAUCAGGCCAAGCGCUUCUACUAUCGCGUCUGUGACAUCGCCGUGGAGCAGCAGGUGAUCGAGACGUUCGCCUGGAUCGACCAGGAGCUGGGCGGCGCCGAUGUCCUGGUGAACAAUGCGGGCAUUGUGCGCAACAACGUGUUCCUCGUGGACGCCGACAACGGCAAAGCGCUGCGCGAGAUCCUCGACACGAACGUGCUGGGCGUCAGCUGGUGCACACGCGAGGCCUUCCAGUCGAUGCAGCGGCGCAAGGUCGACGACGGACACAUCGUGAUCGUGAACAGCAUUGCCGGCCACCAUGUGCCCAUUGUGCCGCACGUCAGCAUGAACAUGUAUCCGUCGUCAAAGUAUGCGAUCACCGCCAUGACCGAGGUCCUGCGCCAAGAGUUCCUCGCCAAGGGCUCCAAGACAAAGAUCACGAGCAUCAGUCCCGGCGCCGUCGACACUGAAAUCAUCGACAGGGACAGACUGACCGGACUCGGUAACUUCCCCAUGCUGCGCUCGCAGGAUGUGGCCGAUGCAAUCACCUACUGCAUCCAGACACCUCCGCAUGUCCAGAUACACGAAUUGACGAUCAAGCCAAUUGGCGAGACAUUCUAGAGAUGCUCAACUGGCCGCUGCCCAUGGAUACUUUGUAUCUCU